AUGGUUAUUACCGCCGCCGCCGUCUCCGCCGCCGUCUCCGCCGCCGUCUCCGCCGUUGUCUCCGUUGCCUGUGUUCUCCUUUGGGGGCAAUGCCGUGAUAUUCUUGUGUGUCCCACGGCGCCGCACGCCGUACAUUUCGACGGAGCUUUUCGCCGGGCCCGGGCCGUUGUCUCUACCGCUUCAAAUGCGCUAGGCUCUCGUCUUGUGCUUGAUUGUGGUAUCCGUGAUGCCGAAAAGGUGGAUAUUCGUUGUCGUGGUUCUAAAAUAACACGGCUUGGCUCCGUACGGGGCCGGCGGAGGUGCCAGUGGGCAUGA